CAAAUGGGAGAGGCGGUGGUGGUAAGAAAUAAGCAAGUGAUAUUGAAAGACUACGUGAACGGGUAUAUGAAACCAUCUGACAUGGUCGUAACUUCUGAUAACACCAUCCGCUUGGAGUUACCGAAAGUCGAAGACGGUCUAAUUUUAUCGAAAAAUCUUUACCUAUCAUGUGAUCCUUAUAUGAGAAAUCGUAUGGGCAAUGUCGUUGUGGGAACUUACGUCACUUCUUUCACACCAGGUUUGCCUAUAUGCGGAUAUGGAGUUGCAAGAGUUUUGGAUUCGACUCAUCCCGACUUCAAAAAAGGCGACUUGGUAUGGGGAGUUGUUAAUUGGGAAGAAUACAGUUUGAUUACAGACACAACGUCAUUGAUAAAGAUUCAGUAUAUUGAUAAUGUUCCUCUUUCCUAUUAUACGGGAAUCCUAGGUAUGCCUGGUAUGACUGCUUAUGUUGGUUUUCACAAUAUUUGUUCCCCAAAGAAAGGAGAUUUCGUUUUCGUGUCAGCAGCAUCUGGAGCAGUUGGUCAACUUGUUGGUCAAUUUGCAAAACUCUUGGGCUGUUAUGUUGUUGGAAGUGUUGGAUCGAAAGAAAAGGUUGAUCUACUGAAGAACAAAUUUGGAUUUAACGAGGCAUUUAACUACAAAGAAGAGCGAGACCUCGAUGCCGCUUUGAAAAGGUAUUUCCCGAACGGUAUCGAUAUCUACUUUGAAAACGUUGGGGGGGAAAUGCUCGAUGCAGUACUAAACAACAUGAGGAUUCAUGGUCGCAUAGCAGUUUGCGGAAUGAUCUCACAGUACAACCUUGAUCGAGUUGAAGGCAUAUACAACCUCCAUUUACUUAUCUUGAAACGUAUCAGAAUGCAAGGGUUCCUCGUUUUCGAUCACUAUCACUUGUAUCCUAAGUUCUUGGAUAUGAUUGUGCCUCUCAUUCAAGAAGGAAAGAUUGCAUACAUCGAGGACAUGGUCGAAGGCCUCGAGAACGCUCCGGCUGCUUUGGCUGGCUUAUAUACCGGCAAAAAUGUUGGAAAACAAGUUGUUGCCAUAACUCAUCGAUAA